GGAUUUGCUUAAAUCCCACUUGAUUGCUUCACCUUCCUCCGCAGUUUCUUUCUCUCUCUCUUUCUCAUUCUAUUUCAUAACUUGAAUCCUAAGUAUGAUCUGCACCAUCUUCUUCUCUUUAAAUGCACACAAUUAGUUCCUGGUUUUACCCUCUCCAUACAGCAACACUGACACAUUUUCCACCUCCACAAACCUUUCACUGACACAACCACACGGGUAAUGUCUCACUAUAUAGACCACUCAGUCACCACUUCCUAGUUCGCACAUCCUUUCUCCAUAAUUAAGAAAACACUGUCCUUUUUCUGUCCUUUUUCUCACACAUGGGUCGCCAUUCCUGUUGUUUAAAGCAAAAACUAAGGAAAGGUUUAUGGUCCCCCGAAGAAGAUGAGAAGCUCUUCAAUUACAUAACCAGAUUUGGCGUUGGCUGCUGGAGUUCGGUUCCCAAACAAGCUGGACUGCAAAGGUGUGGAAAGAGCUGCAGAUUGAGAUGGAUAAACUACUUGAGGCCGGAUUUGAAGAGAGGGAUGUUCUCUCAACAAGAGGAGGAUCUUAUAAUUAGCCUUCAUGAAGUUCUAGGAAAUAGGUGGGAUUAUAUAUAUAUAUAUGUAACACUUUGGAAUGCUUUGGAAGGGUUUUUGAAAUGGUUAUUUUCCAAUGACAGGUGGGCUCAAAUUGCUGCUCAGUUACCAGGGAGAACUGAUAAUGAGAUUAAGAACUUUUGGAAUUCUUGUUUGAAGAAGAAGCUAAUGAAGCAAGGGAUUGACCCUGCUACACACAAACCUCUUGUAAGUGCUGAAGAUCACAUAAUAAAGGAAGAGAAGGACAGCAUAGAGACACCGUCUGUGUUGUUACCAGUGUCUCAAGGGAUUUUAGUCUCCUCACAGGAUUCACCGCUUCUAGUGAACAAUUCAAAUUACUACGAUGGUGUGUUCAAUGUAACAGAAACUUCAAGGGAUGUUUCAUUGGACCCUUUGUCCUCCUACUUUGAAUUCCAAAUGGGUUACAAUUCAAGUGUGAACCCAAUGAGACAGUUUGAUCAGAACCAGGUGGGAACCAAUUCAAGUUAUGGAUUCUCCUCAUUGCCGUGUCUGAAUACCUCUGAUCACCACGGGAACGUGUCGGUGGCAGAGUUUUCAGACAACAACUCAGCUUCUAAAAUCAGUUCUUUGUUGAAGGAAAGUUCCAGCAAUAGCUCUAGCAUCAGUGUUUAUCCAGGGGCCUUCUCAUCAUGGGAAUGUGACAACAAAAUUGAUCCUUCUUUACAGUUUCAAGUCAAUGUGGUAAAAUCUCAAGAGUUCAAGACAAGUUCAUGGCAAGAAGGCCAAUUUCUGACUCAGAAUUCCAUAGAUUUCACUACCUAUCCGUUAAUGUCACUGUCGGAGGAUCUAACAGGAGCAAAUUUUAAUGUGUUCCAGCAUAUGUGAGCUGUAAAUUCUCCUGUUUCUUUUUUUUUUUUUUUAAUUCUGAGUUGAUUUUUUUUUUUUUUUGUGUUCUUUUUCUCUCGUUGAAAAUUGAAACGACAAGAUAAAGAGCAAUAGAAAGAUGUUGAUAACAGCAGAUUUGUAGCAAAAGAUUUGAGUCUCCUCUCGGAUAUCUUUGUUUUUCCUGUUGAUGUAUCUGUUUUCAUCAGCAGAAGCAGAAGUUUGAAUGACGAUUAUUGCUGAUUAAUGAGUGAAUCUAAUUAUUUUUAUGAUCC